GAGAACCAUUAUUGAAGACUGAUGGAAGAGUUCCAUGUACUUAAAACAAAAAUCAAUAUUUCUUUCCAAGUAUAUACUUGUUUGAUUCAACAAAUGUUAUUCAGCGAAAUAUAUUUGUUUUUCUGGCUUGUUUCAUAGCUUAUAAUUUCGAGUGGCAAAUGAAAAGGAACGCUUUGUUGUAUUGGUUUCUGUGGUUUCUUAUUGUCAAUGUCUUUGUCGAUGAAGCACAAAUAAAUACUAUUUCUUCAGUUAAAAAAGUACUCCAAGCAUUCGAAAGUGGAGUUGAUCCGGAAGUAUAUCAAAACAUAACAGAAGUAAUUUCCUCUAAAGGCUACAAAUCUGAAGAACACUAUGUUACUACCAAAGAUGGUUUUAUUUUGUGUAUUAUAAGGAUUUUAUCGAGAUGUCACGAAGCUUCAGGAAGGCAAAAAGUUGUAUUCCUUCAACAUGGUCUUUUAGAUUCCUCACAUACUUGGGUUAACAAUUUACCAGACGAAAGUCUGGGAUUUAUACUUGCUGAUAACUGCUACGAUGUGUGGCUUGGUAAUAGUCGCGGAAGCACUUAUUCAUCAAAUCAUCUGUAUUUAAAGCCCGAUGACAAAGAGUUCUGGGAGUUCUCUUGGGAUGAAAUGGGAAAAUACGACCUCCCAGCAACACUGAUCUACAUUCUUAAUUACACUAAUGCUGAAAAACUGAGCUACAUCGGUCAUUCACAGGGUUGUCAAAUUAUCUUGGCGUGUUUUGAUGAACAUCCUAUAAUGCAAUCAUUUAUUGAUUUAUUCAUCGCCUUAGCACCAGCUGCUUACCUUGGUUCAAUUAAAAGUCCUAUACGUUAUAUUGCACCAUUUGCAAAAACAGUCGAACCAGUUGUUGAAUGGUUUGGAAAUGGUGAAUUUUUACCUUCAGGUAAAAUUAUGCAAUUUCUAGCAUUAUUCUUAUGCAAACCAAAUCAUAUUCCCUUUGUAUGUAGUAAUAUAAUGUAUUUAAUUGCUGGAUAUGAUUCUAAAAAUACAAAUGUGAGUCGUUUACCAAUUUAUGUUGCACAUACACCUGCUGGAACAUCAGUUCAAAAUAUGGUACAUUAUUGUCAAGGUAUAGUUACUGAUCGCUUUCAAAAAUACGAUUAUGGUCCUAUAAAAAACUUACAAAUUUACAAUCAAUCCUAUCCACCAUUAUAUAAUAUAUCUCAGCUUAAAAUACCUAUUAUAAUUUAUUACGGUGGUCAAGAUUGGCUUGCAUCCUAUAAAGAUAUUCAUAAACUUAUUAAACAAAUUAAUUAUACUAUUUCAUCAAUACAUUAUUUUCCACAAUAUAAUCAUUUAGAUUUUGUUUGGGGUUUAAAUGCUGGCAAAUUAUUAUAUCCAUUAAUUUUAAAACAACUUUCUAGAGUUUAAUUAAAAUCAACGACGACGACAACAACAACAACAACAACAAAAAGAGAUAUGCUUUUCUAUAUGUAAAAGUGUGUGUGUGUGUAUGUUUGAGUGCUCGCCCAUGCGUGCGUGCGCGCGUACGUACGUACGUACGUACGUAUGCGGUACUGUUUAAACUGAUUUCUAUUCAUUUAAUUCCACAUUAUUUAUUUAUUUUUUAAUGUUUCCUUGUCACUGAUAUCAGUAUUUCAUAUUGAUUGUUAUCUGUCAUGAUCACCAUGGUGAUUUUCGCUUCCUUCUCUUCUUUUUUUUUAUUUCGACAUUUUGUCUGCAACACAACAAUUCUAUCAUAGAAAAAUUUGCCACAAUUAUUUUCAAUUAAUCAUUAUCAUGAUUAAACAUUUCAAGUUUUAAUGUCAUAUGUAUUUUUCCUUUUUUUUCUUUUUCUUUUUGAGAUUCGAAAUUUGAUGGAAAAGAAAACAAUGUUUAGGAAUAAAGAUUUGAUAAUGUUGUUAAGUUUUAGAAUUAUUGAUUUCUUUGAAAUUAUUGUGCUUGUGUUUGUGUUUAUGCUUGUGUUGUGUUGUGUUGUGGUGUUCUGUGCUGUGCUGUGCUGUGCUAUUUUCACUUAUUUUUCAUUUUGUAUAAGUAUUUACUUGUAAAAUACUUUGUUUAUCUUAAUUAUUUUAUAGAAGUUUUUCACAAUGUAUAAAUAACAUCUUUUAUAGUGAACAUUUAUGUUAAAACGUGAGAUAAUUGCUUAAUUUUUUAUAGGAAUUUAAUGAAUAUUCUCAGUAAAGGGGUUGUGUUGAUUAUUAAGUUUUUAAUUGAGAUCAUGAACCGAUUGAUGUUAGACUACGGUUGAAAAUCUGGAAGCACUAAACGGCCGUUUUGUCCUAUUGUGAUACUCCUCAAAAUUUCUCAUCCACGAUCCCGCCUUGGGAAAUUCGAAUCCAAAGCCUUCGGUUUCGCGCGCGAAUGCUUGACUUUUAGACUACUGAGUCGGCAUUCAACGGUGCUAAUGUCUAACCUCAACCAAUAUGCAAAAUUGCGUGACUAUCUUCUAUUGUACUGAGGUAGAUAUCUGUCACUAACCGACACGCAUUAGCUCCACUGAUCAAAGCUUUUCACUAGAACUGCGAGAAUUCCCUCACGAAGCUAGUCACUAGUGAGCACAUGGUAAUCAUCAGUGUGGAGCUGUGGAGAUUAUUAAGUUUUUAAUUGAGA